AAUGUUUUUGUCAAUAAUAUUUAUUUAUUUAAUUUUAAUUUCUUCUCUUUUUUCUGCUGGAGAGCUCCCAACUCCAAAACGUUUAUUUCCAUCCAUCUUACCACCAAAAUCUGUUCAACAUAAAAAAGACAAAUCAGUUGAAAAAUAUAAAUUUUCGACUCCCUUUAAUGAAAAAAUAUCUUUUGACAAAGAACUUGAAGCAUUACAAAGGCAGUCAACAUCGGCAAACGAAAAAUAUUUUGACAAAAUUAAAAGAUUAAAAGAUAUAUUAAAUCCUUCAUUAACAAAAGCUUCAGAUCCAAUUAGCUUGGAUGCUUUUAAUCGAUUUAGAAGAAAUUCUGUCGCUGCCUCACCAUCUUUAAAUUCUAAUUCCCAAUAUUAUUCUAAAUGGAAGGGAUUAUCUCGGUUAUUAAGUAAAGAGGUGGGGAUUUUUAGACAAACUCCGAAGAAACGAUUAAAUGAAACAAUAAAAGAAGUAAAUUCCCCAAAUGAUUCAGAUGAAAAACAAAUUAAAAAAACAAGUUCAUGGCCGAGAACGAUUCCUUCUCCAAGAUGUAUAUCUAUGCCUAAAGUUGACAGAGGAAAAUACUAUUUUGUUGAAUUUAGACAUGAAUUGGUUGAUCCUGAUCCAAUUUAUGUUGAAUUUGAAGAUGAUCAACCAUUUGAUAAUGGAGGUAUUGCUGAAGUAUAUAUGAAAAACAAAAUGUUGCUGUAA